UUGGAGAAGGCGUAGGUGCCAUGAUAGCAAAAGAAGAGCCAUGAAAGUACCAGAGUCCUCUCUCUCUCUCUCUCUCUCUCCAAAGGCCCUGAGAGUACCAGAAGGCUCUUCCCUUUUUGCUGUUCAUCAUCUUUUCAUAUCUAUAAAAUAGGUGCUCACACAACUUCACCCUCAUCAUCAGAUUCUUCCAAACAAUCUUUCUGUUCGAAUCGUUCUUCAAACCAUAGAAAAAAUGUCUCUCAUUCCCAGCUUCUUCGGUAGCCGAAAAACCAACGUCUUCGAUCCGUUCUCCCUGGACAUCUGGGACCCCUUGGAUGGCAUCUCCACAUCCGCAAUCGCCAACGUGCCAUCGUCAACGGCUCGUGAAACCUCUCAAUUCGUCAAUGCCCGGAUCGAUUGGAAGGAGACCCCGGAAGCUCAUGUGUUCAAGGCGGACCUUCCGGGGCUGAAGAAAGAAGAGGUGAAGGUCGAGGUGGAAGAGGGAAGGAUUCUUCAGAUAAGUGGGGAGAGGAGCAGAGAGGAAGAGGAGAAGAAUGACAAGUGGCACCGCAUCGAGCGCAGCAGCGGCAAGUUUUUCCGGAGGUUCCAGCUCCCGGAGAACGCCAAGAUGGAUCAGGUCAAGGCUUCCAUGGAGAAUGGAGUGCUCACUGUGACCGUGCCUAAAGCUGAAGUGAAGAAGCCCGAGGUUAAGGCCAUUGAUAUCUCUGGCUAAGACAAAAACUUGUCUUCUUGAUGUUAUGGUUUGUUUUCGACGUCAACAUGUUAUGUACUGGUAUAACCUAAGAAUAAAAAUGAGUUGAAUGUGUUUUGUGUGAGAGUGUUUUUUUGUGUGUAAAACCUGAUAAGGAAAUGUUGCCUAUGUCAGUACGUACUUGUUUUUAAUAAAAAGUAGUAUUACUUUCAA